AUGCACCUCUCGCCGCGCGAGCUCGACCACCUGCGGCUCGCGCAGGCCGGCCAGCUGGCGCAGCGGCGGCUGGCCCGCGGCUGCCGGCUCAAUCAUCCCGAGGCGGUCGCGCUCAUCUCGUCGCAAAUGAUGGAGAUGAUUCGCGACGGGAAGCCGGUGGCGGAGCUGAUGGCGACCGGCCAGCAGCUGCUGGGCCGCCGGCAGGUGCUGCCUGGCGUCGCGUCGCUCGUCGCCGAGGUGCAGAUCGAGGCGACGUUCGAGGACGGCACGAAGCUGCUCACGGUGCACUCGCCGAUCUCCGCGCUCGACGGUGACCUCUCGCUCGCGCUGCACGGCUCCUUCCUGCCCGUCCCCGACCUCGCCGCCUUUGGCGAGCUCGAGGAGAGCGAGGUGCCCGGCGCCACAGUGUGCGCCGAGGGCGGCAUCACGCUCAACGCCGGGCGGGAGCUGAUCGAGAUCGGAGUCACCAACUCGGGCGACCGGCCGAUCCAGGUCGGCUCGCACUACCACUUCAUCGAGACCAACGCCGCGCUCGUCUUCGACCGCGCAGCCUCGUUUGGAAAGCGGCUCAACGUGCCGGCCGGCUCGAGCGUCCGCUUCGAGCCGGGCGAGUCAAAGACGGUGACGCUCGUCGCCGUCGGCGGCAACAAGGUGGUCGUCUCGGGCAACAAGCUGGUCGACGGGCCCGCGACGCCGGAGCGGCUACCCGAGGUCAUGGAGCGCGUCGCCGCGCGCGGCUUUGGGCACGCGCCGAGCGCCUCGCCGCCGCGCGCCGGCUCGCCACUGGUGAUGUCGCGGCCAGAGUACGCGGCGAUGUUUGGGCCGACGGUGGGCGACCGGGUGCGGCUGGGCGACACGUGCCUGCUGGCCGAAGUGGAGAAGGACUACACCGUCUACGGCGAGGAGGUCAAGUUUGGCGGCGGCAAGGUGCUGCGCGAGGGGAUGGGCCAAAAGUCGGGCGGCGCCCCGGCCGACGCGCUCGACGUGGUCAUCACGAACGCGCUCAUCAUCGACGCGGCGCUGGGGGUGGUCAAGGCGGACAUCGGGAUCAAGGGGUCGCGCAUCGUCGGCAUCGGCAAGGCGGGCAACCCGGACACGAUGGAGGGCGUCACGCCGGGCAUGACGACCGGCGUGACGACCGAAGCCAUCGCGGGCGAAAAGAUGAUUGUCACCGCCGGCGCCAUCGACACGCACGUGCACUGGAUUUGCCCGCAGAUCGCGGAGGAGGCGAUCGCGUCGGGCAUCACGACUAUGUACGGCGGCGGGACGGGGCCGGCGGCCGGCACCUGCGCCACCACCUGCACGCCGGCGCCGAGCCAGGUCGAGACGAUGCUGCGCGCGACCGACUCGCUCCCGCUCAACUUUGGCUUCUCGGGCAAGGGGAACACGUCCGACCCGCAGGGGAUGCUCGAGGUGAUCCAGGCCGGCGCGGCCGGCUUCAAGCUGCACGAGGACUGGGGCACCACCCCCGCCGCAAUCGACACCUGCCUCACCUUUUGCGACGAGCACGACGUGCAGGCGACCAUCCACACAGACACGCUCAACGAGUCGGGGUUCGUCGACGACUCGCUCGCCGCCAUCAAGGGGCGGACGAUCCACACCUACCACUCCGAGGGCGCGGGCGGCGGCCACGCGCCCGACAUCAUCAAGGUCUGCUCCGAGCCGAACGUCCUCCCUUCCUCCACCAACCCGACCCGCCCCUUCACCGUCAACACGAUCGACGAGCACCUCGACAUGCUCAUGGACGUCGCCUUUGCCGAGUCGCGCAUCCGCGGCGAGACGAUCGCCGCGGAGGACAUCCUGCACGACAUGGGCGCCAUCUCCGUCAUGUCGUCCGACUCGCAGGCGAUGGGCCGCGUCGGCGAGGUGGUCUGCCGGACUUGGCAGACGGCCGACAAGAUGAAGGCGCAGCGCGGGCCGCUGCCGGACGAGACGUCGGCGGGCGCGGACAACGCGCGGAUCAAGCGGUACAUUGCAAAGUACACGAUCAACCCCGCCCUCGCCCACGGGAUGGCGCACGCCGUCGGCUCGGUGCAGCCGGGCAUGCUCGCCGACCUUGUAGUGUGGAAGCCGGCGCUGUUUGGCGCAAAGCCCGAGAUGGCGCAGAUGGGCGACCCGAACGCCUCCAUCCCGACGCCGCAGCCCGUCGUGAUGCGGCCGAUGUUUGGCGCGCAGCCCGGCGCCGUCGGCGGCACCUCGCUCGCCUUCGUAUCGGGCGCGGCGCACGCGGCGGGCGUCGGCGCGCGAUACGGGCUGAGCAAGUCUACCGAGCCGGUCAAGGGCACGCGUUCCGUCUCCAAGGCGGACAUGGUCCACAACUCGGCCAUGCCCAAGAUCACCGUCUGCCCAGAGACGUUCGAGGUGACUGCGGACGGCGCGCCGCUCGUGUGUGAGCCGGCGACGAAGGUGCCGCUCGCGCGCAAGUUCUUCCUCUUCUAGACUUGGGCGACGGGCCAGCCGUGAUCCACGCAUGCCCGCAUCUGCAGCACGCGGCGUCGGGAGCUGGCGCAGAGAAAGCCUUAGACAGCUUCGAGCUUGAGCUGCGCAUGGCUGCGAGAAGACGAGACUGUACCUUGCAUGCGUGAGUCCGGAGCGCGCGGUAGUCGCGACACCCCACUUAUUAGCGCUGCCGCACACAGUGUGUCAGCCCAGCCCCAAAGCACCGUCACACUAGAACGCGCCGCGCGUACCCACCACCCAG